AUGCAGUUCAAGUCGCUCGCUACCGUCCUUUUCGCCGCUAUGGCAGUGGCCUCUCCUGCCCCGGCCCCUCAGGCAACCGACUCCAGCUUUGACAUGAGCGAUCUGCUUGGGUCCGUCCCCAGCUCCAUCCUCGCCGUGGUCGCGACCGCUAUUCCAGCCUCGUUCAUUUCGGCGAUGGCCAAUCCGACCUCCGUUUCCUCCAUCGUCAGCGAGAUCGAGGCCGGAACCUACCCGGCCUGGUACUCCAGCCUGCCCGACAGCGUCAAGGCCUGGGCUACAUCCGCUGCCCUCGCUGAGUUGGGCGCCGAUGCCACCGCCACCGCCACCGGUGAUUCCGAGAGUAGCACCGGCAGCUCGGGUGCUGCUGCUACUGCCACCCAGACUUCUUCCGGUUCUUCCUCUUCUACUGGAACGGCCUCCUCCGCUCAGACCACUUCCUCGAGCUCCAGCUCCGCUUCCGAAUCGAGCUCCGCGGCUGCUUCCACGACCUCGUCUCACAACGCUGGCGCGACCGGCGCCGUGGCCGUGAGCUUUGCCGGUGCUGCCGGUUUGCUGGCUGUCGCCCUUGCCCUGUAA